CCAUAUCAGUUCCAAUCUAUCUGAGUCACAAUCGGCUUCUGUACGCCACUGCAUCACGGCCUUUCCCUACGGCUAAUUAAUUACAAUUAUAGUCAUACCCAAUUCACGUUUUUCUGCCAAAAAGCUUGGACCCUUCUCCAUCUUCUUUUUCUACAUUCCACGCUUUUAGUCUCCCUUAAAUUCUGCAUUCAUCGCCGGUUGACACGUGCUAAUCAUCGCCGGUUGAUCGUGCAAAUCAUCGCCGUCGCCGGUGGUCAGAAGGAAGUAAAAAGAAAAUCAAAAUAAAAAACAAUUUGUUUCAAACGGUGCUUCCAAUUGAGCUCUAGAAGUUUCCAGGGUAUGGAUGGCAAAACUUGGUUAAAGGUCGCUAUUUUCCUAUGCUUGGUUGCCUUUUCAACUAGUAGAGAACUCAAUGUGAAGGCCAAAAACAAGCAUCAUGCAGCUAUUUACAAUCAUACGCUUGCCACCAUAUUAGUGGAAUAUGCUUCUGCUGUAUAUGUAUCAGAUUUGACAGAAUUAUUUACCUGGACAUGUUCAAGAUGUAAUGAUUUAACUAAGGGCUUUCAAAUUAUAGAGCUCAUUGUUGAUGUGCAACGAUGCCUACAGGCAUAUGUCGGGGUGGCACAGAAUCUUAAUGCCAUUGUUAUUGCAUUCAGAGGCACUCAGGAAAGCAGCCUACAGAAUUGGAUUGAAGAUCUAUACUGGAAGCAGCUUGAUAUAGAUUAUCCAGGAGUGGAAGGGGCAAUGGUGCGUGUGCAUCAUGGGUUUUAUUCUUCUUACCACAACACGACAAUCCGCCCAGGAGUUUUAAAUGCUGUCAAAAGGGCGAAAGAGUUGUAUGGAGAUAUUCAAAUUAUAGUGACCGGGCACUCAAUGGGAGGGGCUAUGGCUGCUUUCUGUGCCCUGGAUCUCAGGGUUCAUCUUGGAUGCCAAAAUAUUUCGGUUAUGACUUUUGGACAACCACGAAUUGGCAACGCUGCUUUUGCGUCCUACUAUAGUAAACGGGUGCCCAAUACAAUUCGUGUUACAAACGGUCAUGACAUUGUGCCUCAUUUGCCCCCUUACUAUCGUUAUUUCCCUCAGAAAACUUAUCGUCAUUUCCCUAGAGAGGUGUGGCUUUAUGAUCUUGGCUUUGGAAGUCUAGUUUAUACAGUUGAAAAGGUCUGUGAUAAUUCUGGGGAGGACCCUUCUUGCAGCAGGUCGGUGAGUGGUAACAGUAUUUCGGAUCAUUUAAGAUAUUAUGGUGUAAAAUUAGCAUGUGAUGUAUCAGCGGGAUGCAGAAUCGUGAUGGAUAAUGGCCUAGCGGCGUACCGCACAUUAGACAGCGACGGAAAUGUCAUCUUCUCCAGAGAUAUAUCUUCUUCUGUUUUGAGAAUGAAUGUGGAGUCUAGUGAGGAAGGGAGAUCAGUAUAGAGUUUCAUUGGGAUUACCACUUGACUCCCUAAAAUCUGGGAGAGUUGAAGCAGAGUUUCCCAACUUAAGGCUUAAAGUGGAAAUUGCUAAUUGUGCAGUUUUUUCCUUGGCUGGGGAGGACGUCAUGUAUAUAGUUCCUUUUCGUUAACUUUUUUAAUCUUUCUUUUUAUUAUUUUGUACAGCUCAUCCAUGUAAAUAAAAAGAGAUUUAAGUAUUACUAAUCAUAUUAUGAUAAUAUAUUCUGUUAAUUCUUUGAA